AUGCAAACGAGAUCCGCCGCCAGCGAACGGGAGAGUGUUUCCGCCGCCGUUGCCUCGGCUUUUGCCUUUGCUGCUGCUGCUGCUGCUGCUGCUGCUCACGUUGUUGUUCCCGUUUUCUUCGCCUUUUUUGUUGACGUGGACAUUGUUGUCAUUGCCCUUGCCGUUUCAGUUGGAAUUGCCGUUGUCAUUGCCUCUGUCCUGGACAUUUUCCCUGCUGUUUACGCAUCUGUUUCCGCCUCUGUUUCUCUUUGGCGUAAGAGUCUGCAUAGAGAAACUUCGCUACAAGAAUAUUUAAGAUAUUGGUCUUCAUAUUUGAGACUCGUGGAAACUGCACCAACAGAACUGGCCGGUCCAGUGUGUAAAAUCAGAGUUCGUUGUCCGAUCGUUCGUUCAAGUUUCUUUGCAACCAUCCGAUCAGGCCCCGCGGCGCCCGGCCCAACCAGUUAAUUGUAACGACCGGACUUCCAGGCGGCAUCCCCGGAGGGGAACCCACGCUUCACAACACACACACACACACACACACAAAACAAAAACAGAGCGGUCCGCGCCGCCUGCGCACCCAGUGAAAGUGGAGCCGUCAAUUCAGAGCUCCUCGCGGCGCCGGAUAGAUUUCUAAAAGAGCGCCUGCGCAUGCCGUGCGGUGGCUGUCGCCCGAGCGCGCGAAAACUGUGA